UAACAAAUCACGUGUCUUGAAUCUUAUUUAUUAUCUAGCUUUCCGAAAUUCAAGGGAAACGGAAGAACUUGAAAACAAAAAAAGCACACAAUAAAAAAGAGAGAAAAAAAAAACAAAUCAUUCCGAGUUUUGAUCUGGAAAAAAAGAUCAAAAUGAGGAUUGAGGAAGCAGUUUCAGCUUCGAGCAAGCACCUCGUCUUCGCUUACUAUGUUACUGGUCAUGGUUUUGGCCACGCCACCAGAGUUGCCGAGGUGGUUCGACAGUUGAUCCUAGCGGGACAUGAUGUGCAUGUAGUGACGGGUGCACCUGCAUUUGUUUUUACCUCUGCAGUUGAUUCUCCUCGAUUGUUCAUUCGUAAGGUGCUUUUGGACUGCGGAGCAGUUCAGGCAGAUGCUUUGACGGUUGAUCGUCUUGCCUCUUUGGAGAAGUAUUCUGAGACAGCAGUGAAGCCUCGUGCACAAAUCUUGGCACAAGAAACAGAAUGGCUGAAUUCAAUCAAAGCUGACUUAGUGGUAUCUGAUGUUGUCCCAGUAGCAUGUCGUGCAGCAGCAGAUGCUGGUAUUCGGUCUGUCUGUGUAACCAAUUUUAGUUGGGACUUCAUCUAUGCAGAAUAUGUCAUGGCUGCUGGAAUACAUCAUCGCUCAAUAGUGUGGCAGAUUGCUGAGGACUAUUCCCACUGCGAGUUCCUUAUCCGACUCCCGGGAUAUUGCCCAAUGCCUGCUUUUCGUGAUGUUAUUGAUGUUCCUCUUGUUGUGAGGAGGUUGCAUAAAUCUCCAAAAGAGGUGAGGGAGGAUCUUGGUGUAGCUGAUGAUGUGAAGUUAGUUAUUCUCAACUUUGGUGGACAGCCAGGAGGAUGGCAGCUAAAGGAGGAAUUCUUGCCAUCUGGCUGGCUCGGCUUGGUUUGUGGAGCUUCUGAGAGCACCGACCUUCCUCCAAACUUCAGAAAACUUGAUAAAGAAGCAUAUACUCCUGAUAUUAUUGCAGCAUGUGAUUGUAUGCUUGGAAAAAUUGGAUAUGGAACUGCAAGUGAAGCCUUGGCAUAUAAGUGUCCUUUUGUGUUUGUACGUAGAGAUUAUUUCAACGAAGAGCCUUUCUUGAGAAAUAUGCUUGAGUUUUAUCAAUGUGGAGUUGAAAUGAUUAGGAGGGAUUUACUCACUGGUCACUGGAGACCUUAUCUUGAACGUGCAGUAAGUUUGAAUCCCUGCUAUGAAGGAGGCAUUAAUGGUGCUGAGAUGGCUGCCCACAUCCUACAGGAGACUGCAUUUGGGAAAAAUUAUGCAUCAGAUAAGCUUAGUGGGGCAAGAAGAUUACGUGAUGCUAUUGUUCUUGGGUAUCAACUGCAAAGGGCCACUGGCCGAGACGUUGCAAUCCCAGAAUGGUAUGUAAAUGCUGAAAGCCAACUUGGCCGGCGACCAUCAGAUCGGCCAGCAGAUUUUGAAAGUGCUUUGGUUGAAUCUGUAAUAGAUGACUUUGAGAUUCUGCACGGAAAUGUUCAAGGUUUUCCAGAUACUGUGGCUUUCUUACAUAGCUUAACUGAAUUACAUGCGAACCCCAAAAGGCGGGAGAGUAGGGCUGCAGCUUCUCUGUUCAACUGGGAGGAAGAAAUAUAUGUGACAAGAGCUCCUGGAAGGUUAGAUGUCAUGGGUGGUAUUGCUGACUAUUCUGGAAGCCUUGUUCUUCAGAUGCCAAUCAAAGAAGCCUGCCAUGUUGCUCUACAAAGGCUCCAUCCAAGUAAACAUAAGCUGUGGAAACAUGCUGCGGCGCGACAGAAUGACAGAGGAGAGGCUACUGCUGUGUUACAAAUUGUGUCAUAUGGCUCAGAGCUUGGCUAUCGUAGUCCAACAUUUGACAUGGAUUUGUCUGAUUUCAUGGAAGAUGGCAAGCUAAUGUCUUAUGAGAGAGCAAGGAAAUAUUUUGCUCAAGAUCCAUCCCAAAAGUGGGCAGCAUAUGUUGCUGGGGCAAUUUUGGUCUUGAUGACUGAGAUGGGUGUGCGUUUUAACGACAGUAUCACCAUGCUGAUUUCAUCAGCGGUCCCUGAAGGGAAAGGUGUAUCAUCUUCUGCAUCUGUGGAGGUCGCCAGUAUGUCUGCGAUUGCAGCUGCUCAUGGAUUAAAUAUCGACCCAAGAGACCUCGCUAUACUUUGCCAAAAGGUGGAAAAUCACAUUGUAGGAGCACCAUGUGGUGUCAUGGAUCAGAUGACUUCGGCAUGUGGUGAAGCCAACAAACUUCUAGCUAUGAUUUGCCAGCCUGCAGAGAUUGUUGGCCUUGUAGAGAUUCCCAACCAUAUCCGUGUCUGGGGAAUUGAUUCUGGAAUAAGACACAGUAUUGGAGGUGCAGACUAUGGUUCUGUCAGAAUUGGCACCUUUAUGGGUCUGAAGAUGAUUAAGUCUAAAGCUUCAGAUGAAUUGUCUGAUAUGCAAACUAAUGGGGUGAACAAUGAUGAAGUGGAACAAGAUGAUUUAGAACUACUUAAACAAGAAGCUUCCUUAGACUACUUAUGUAAUUUGCCUCCUCACAGAUUUGAGGCUCUUUAUGCUAAGCAAAUUCCAAACUCCAUUAUCGGUCAAUCAUUUUUGGACACCUACAAAAAUCACAAUGAUCCUGUCACUACUAUUGAUGACAAGCGUACUUAUGGAGUGAGAUUUCCCACAAUGCAUCCCAUCUAUGAAAACUUCAGAGUUAAGACCUUCAAAUCACUUCUAACUUCAACAGCUUCAACUGAUCAACUUACUGCCUUAGGAGAACUGCUAUAUCAGUGUCACUAUAGCUACAGUGCUUGCGGACUUGGCUCGGACGCAACAGAUAGGCUUGUACACUUGGUGCAGGAGGUGCAGCAUAGUGCAGCCUCUAAAGCAGAAGACACAACAUUAUGUGGAGCAAAGAUCACUGGUGGAGGUUCUGGUGGAACUGUUUGUGUAAUUGGUAGAAACUGUCUCAAGAGCGGUGAACAAAUAAUUGAGAUCCAGCAGAGGUACAAGAAGCAAACUGGUUAUUUGCCUUUUAUUUUCGAGGGUUCAUCGCCUGGUUCAGGAAAGUUCGGGUACCUGAAAAUACGCCACCGAACUGGUUCCAGAUCCGAUGUCAGGAUGGGUUACACCAGUGACGAAGGGAGUCCGAUAUGAUGGGGUCUUGCAUUAUUCCAGCACCUUGGAAAUCAUUGCUUUUAAGAUCUUGUACACUUUCACCAAUUAUUAACAUUCUCAUUAGUAAUGUUAUAUUUAUGGUCAGAAGCAAAGUUCCUGGCCAGUUUAUAAUAUUAAAGUGGUGAAGUUGGAUUAUGUAAUUACAGCAUUACACCAUUGGUGUAAUAUUAUGAAACUCACUUGGAUAAAGUUUACUCCCACUUAUACCAUUUGCGCACCUUUGAUAAA